AUGAUGAAAGAGUUAUGUGAGCAGUUCUCCAUUAAACACCACAAUUCAACACCUUACAGACUGAAGAUGAACGGAGCAGUCGAAACAGCUAACAAGAACAUGAAGAAGAUUAUAGAGAAAAUGGCAGUAACUUACAAAGACUGGUCCGAAAAGCUUCCUUAUGCCCUAUACGACUAUAGGACAUCAGUGUGGACUUCGACGGGCGAAACUCCAUUCUCAUUAGUUUAUGGGAUUGAAGUAGUAUUACCAGUGGAAGUCGAAAUUACAUCUCUUCGCAUUGCCAUCGAAGUAGGUUUGGAAGAAAGAGAUUGGAUCAAUGCAAGAUAUGAGCAAUUGAAUUUGAUUGAAGAACGAAAGAUGGAAAUGCUUUGUAGAGGUCAGCUAUACCAGAGACGUAUGAUGAGAGCAUAUGACAAGAAGGUCCGCCCCCAAAGUAUUGAGGAGGGCGAUUUAGUCUUGAAAAGGAUUUUUCCCCCUCACAAAGAUCACCGAGGAAAAUGGACUCCUAAUUGUGAAGGACCUUAUGUGGUGCAUCGAAAACCCGAAAGAGCGGUGUACCUCAAUAAGGAUGGAAAAUACCCUCUACUGAGACAUCAACAUUGUAGUAAGAAUCGAAAGUGGUUGGUUAUUGAGGAAUCAUCAUGGGACAGUUCAGUCAGUGGUCAGAUCAGAUUCUUUGUCAUGGUCAUGUUGAGCUCAACACGUGCUAAUGGGUGUUCACAAGACUGGGGCAGUGCGAUAUCUCUAUUGCGUUUUCAUUUUUCUGGCCUUCAGGAGAUCUUCGAUAUCUUGAUAGUUUGCUUCCCAUCUUUAUUCUAG